CUCGCUAUGGGUGCCAUUUUGUGCUUUUAUUUUAAAAUCGGGGUCAUUCCUCCGGGUUUCGUCGAUCCCUGACGAAUCUCCCACCAACUCCGCUCCCUCCUCCCCAACCGUUGGCGACCUGACAGCGGGCAGUGCCGUAUGAAUCGCCCGGGCAGGUUCACUCCUCCUACUCCUCCGUCGUCUUCUGCGCGAUGAGGCUCCGUUUGGCCGGGGCCGUGCUGCUGGCGGCGGCCGCCUACUACGUGUACCUGCCGCUACCGAGCGGCGUGAGCGAGCCGUGGAAGCUGAUGCUGCUGGACGCGCUGUUCCGGAGCUUCAUGCGGGCGAGCGACGCGGCCCACACCCUGGGCGUGUGCCACCGUGUUCACCUGCUGAACCGGGUGGUGUCCUGGGUGGAGGUGAUCGAGGCUCGCUCCAGUCCCACCGUCAACGUGACCGACUCCACCCUGGGAGGCGUCCCCACCCGCGUGUUUCAGCCAAACGGAGAAAGCAGGCUGAGAAGAGGAGUCAUCUAUUUCCACGGAGGAGGCUGGGCGCUCGCCAGCGGCAAGAUGCGCUCCUAUGACCUUCUUUGUCGGAAAAUGGCGGAGGAUCUGGACGCCAUCAUAAUGUCUGUGGAUUACCGCCUUGCUCCUGAGGCCGUGUUUCCGGAUCAGUACCACGACGCCGUGGCAGCGUCGCGGGUCUUCCUGUCCGGUGAACUCUUGCAGCAGUAUGGCAUCGAUCCGGAGCGGCUCUGUGUGUCUGGAGACAGCGCUGGAGGAAACCUGGCUGCUGCUGUGGUGCAGGAGCUCAGCCUGGAUAAAUCUCUGCAGGCGAAAUUCAAAGCCCAGGCGCUGAUCUACCCAGUACUCCAGGCUCUCGACUUCCACACGCCGUCGUACCAGCAGAACCAGGCCGUGCCCAUCCUCUACAGGCCUUACAUGGCCCGCUUUUGGCUGCAGUACCUGGGCGCCGACUCCUCCCUGGAGCCCGUCCUGCUGGCGAACAACCACAGCGCUCUGGACGAGCGGGCCAUCAGCGCCGCCACCCGCUCCAAGCUGAACUGGACCGCUCUGCUGCCGGCCGAGCGCAAGAAGAACUUCCAGCCGGUCGUUAAGGAGAAGGGAUCGCCAGGCGUGGUGGACGCGGUGCCGGGGCUGAUAGAUGUGAGGGCGGCGCCGCUGCUGGCGGAGCAGGAGGUUCUGGGUAAAACGCCUAAAACGUAUGUGAUGACGUGUGAGUUUGACGUUUUGCGGGACGACGGGCUGAUGUACAGCAGGCGACUGCGGGACGCCGGCGUCGAGGUGACGAGUGAUCACUACGAGGACGGUUUCCAUGGCUGCAUGGUGUUUGCAAACCUGCCAAUGAUGUCGAGUGUUGGACAGAGAAGUAUGAGGAACUACAUUCGCUGGCUGGACCAGAACCUAUGAGCAGGACUCCAUACAUAAAUCUUAGUUGAUUUUUUUAAAAUUGGUGUAAAGAAAACCCAAAACAAAACAAAAGCAGAGUGUAAACAUCUUUACACUGCAAAAAACAAUUAAAAAACUCACUGGAUCUGAAUAUUUUAUUGAAAAUAGAGCAAAUAAGAUAUUUAUGAAAAGCAAAUAUUAUUAUGGGUGAAUGCUUUGAGUGGGGGGGAAUAUAUUUAUGCUUAUUUAUUUCUUGAAAUUUCUAAAAAAAAAAAAAAAAAAAAAAAACUAAAAAAAAGAACACUUUUUUAUGUAAGCUAAUUUUACACUGGAUUAAAAGAAGAUGAAUUCACACAUACUUAAUAAAAAACCAAAGUUAACCACUGUACAAAACGCAUAAUGGAUCACUGUUUUACCUUAGUGUCUGCACAAUUUAUAAAUUUGUACUUUGACACAUUUUAUUUGAUAUAUUAGUUAAAUAGGUCAUUUAUGUGCCUCUUUCAUGAUUAAUUUAUGUAUUUUAUUUAAGGGGUUAGUGUUUUUGAUUAAUUAACAUUUUAGUUGGACACAACAAGGUGCUGUUCAGGCCACAAAGCAGCUGUUUGCAACACCUGAGCUUAUUCAAAGUACUUUUUGCAAUUAAUUAAAUGUGUUACAUGUGAGACAAACACAUAAAUUAAUUAUAUAAUUUAAUGCAGUAAAUAUGGCCACUUUUUGGCUCCUGAAAUCCAUAAAUAUUGAAGUGCAAAACAUGUUUAUCAUGAUUUUUUUGUUAUGUAUUUUUACUUAUAACUCAACUCAACUUUUGGAUUUACUCAUCGUUACUGUUAAACUUAUAACAGACGGUAAAGUAAUGAAAGUUCAGAAACACUUACUCAAGCAAAGGCUAGUCAAACAAAUGGCUAAUACCAAUUAGCUAUUUUAGCUAACUUGUAACCAAGCUAACGCUAAUACCUACAUGACCUAGCUACUACUUAUUCUAACUGUUCACUUGUUAGAAUAAGUAAACAUAGGUAAUGUAGGUAAACGCUUCUUGCAGUGUAAAAGUCCCUGAAGUGGUCAGCUAUGUUAACUAAAGGUUAACAUUUAUUUUAUCUUGCAGCUAAAUAAUCCAACAACUACUAAAUCUAAUGACAACUCAUGGUAGUAACUUAUUAGGCUAAUGACCACUCAAACUAAAUAUUAUUUUAAUUAAAAGCUACACAAACUAAUACCUAACUCAAUGAAUUGCUAGUCAGGGUUAUAGAUAGGUAAGCUAACAACUAAAGAAACUAAAAUGUAGUGAAGCUAAUGCUGUGAUCCAUUUGUGGCUGGAAAUUUCAACUUCCAAGUUGGAAAAAUAAACCUGAAAGCCCCCCAAAGUUGGAUUUUGUUGGAGAAUCUUUCCAUUUUAGCUAGCAGCAAUUUAGGCUAAUAGCAACUCAAACUAACAGUUGAUAAAAUAACAGCUGCCCAAGAUAAUAACUACUCACGCUUGAAAGUAUUGAUGCUAACGGUUACUUCAAUUUUUAGCUGCUUAAGCUUACAGUGAUUCAAGCUAAUAUCUAUUUAAGCUAUUCUGCUCAACCUAAGGUCUACUCAGAGCUACUAAAGCUUGGUGCUGUUUAGGCUAGCUACUUCUUAGCCUUACUGCUACUUAGCAUCUACUCAAGCUGUCAUGACUCAAGCUAACAGCUAUUAAUGCUAAAAGCCUCGCAACGUUUAAAAGUUCAUCAUUUGAAAGAACUCAAACUCUGCUACUAGAUUAAGAUAAGGCUAUAUUUAUUUUUUGGGUUUUUUACUGAUUUUAUAUGAAACAUUUGUUUAUGUUUGUCACUGUUUUCUCGCCUGUGUUGCUUUGGAAAUUGUAUUUUCAGUAUAUCUUACACUUGAAACCAUAUUUUUAAUUUAAUCAGGCAACAACUCCAAGACUAAAAAGUAAUGUUUACAUUAUAAAAUAUGACAUUCCUUUCCUUUUGUUCAAAAAGCCAGGAAGCAUGCCUGACCUACAUUUUUUAAAAGAAUACGUCAUGAUUUGACUUUUUGCCAAAGCAAAAUGCAAUAAUUCAAACUGAAAUGAAGGAACAUUGCUUUCCUUUUUAAUUAUUAUUCCACUGUUUAUAAAUGGUCUGCAGGUUGAAUAUGACGCACUUUGUAAAAGUAAAGCUUUACAUUUGGAAUAAAGCUGCUUCCAGUUUGAAGAACUUUGACCUCUUCCGUAACAAUGACCCAAGAGACUGCAGAGGUUUGCUGACACAUGUAACUAGAAGUCAGCGUGAGUUAUGUCCGUGUGUUGGAGGAAAACUAUGCCAGAGUUCACAGCUGUGUAUACUCAGCAUUGUGCAAUACUGUGUGUGUCCCUCUCACUCCGUAACGUGGAGAUCGCUGCACUGCACUGCAAGAUGAUGGCUGUGAAAUCUAUUAGUAGACUGCUGUACCGCCAUGAGAGAGCAGAUCCCCGGUGGGCUAUCAUGUUUCCUUUCUCCUCCACCGCUGUCCUAAAAAUGAAUAAAAUAAAUGACGUCGUCUAGCGCCUGACAGACACGGCUCUGGCUGUCGGUCAGAAGCAGAAUCGAUGACCUGAUUGUGGUCGUUACUUUUCCAGUCUUCAGGGGAAUAAGCAAGAUGGAAGAAGAAGAAAUGUUUCCAGACUUAAAUCUGAUUGAUAUUUUUGCAUACAGAACAAAUGUAUUUACAUCUACCAGAAUCCAAUAAUGCCAAUCGGUCAAUCAAGUUUAUUUGUACAUAUUGCAACUUUUGUGUAUUUAGUAAAACCAAUUAUUGCAAAAACAAAACCAA